UUAUCACAAGUGUAGAUUUUACUUCUUUUGAGAUACCCAGUUUUCUGUAUGCAAAAAAGGUUUCGAUGAAAGAUUAGAGUGUUCUCUUUGGAUGAUGGGUUUGAUCUUUGUGUUGUUUUUAUGUGAAGUCUUAAGUCUAUAAGCCGAAUUGUAGAACAUUGGAGCCAUCAAACCAGAAUAUAUAACGCACAAAGAAGAGCUAUUUAUUACACCGUUGCAAGUUUUUCAGUUACUAAGUGAAUCUUCACAAGCUCAAAGUAGUCAUGUCUGCUACGAUUACGAUGACUGCAGAAACAAAGGAUUGAAAACUAAAUGGGCCUAAUUAUAUUAUCCAGGCCCAUUAUAAGAGGUUUACAUAUAAGUAACAUAGCUUAGCUUACCUUCAUUCAAAAUAAUUCAAGCCGAGAAACUCGUCCCCUUAAAACCCCAAGACUUCUCUGUGACCUAGCUUCCAGGUCAAGUUAUGACAGAGACAGGAGAAGUUGCUGUGAACCCGAGAGCAUAUCCUAUCGCAGAUUCUCAGUUAUCGUUAACGAUUCUGGAUCUAGUUCAACAAGCCGCUUUCCAUCAACAACUCAAGAAGGGUGCUAAUGAAGCUACGAAGGCACUUAAUCGUGGGAUCGCUGAGAUUGUGGUCAUGGCUAUAGAUGUUGAUCCCCUGGAUAUUCUUCUUCAUCUUCCUUUAAUAGCUGAGGAUAAGAAUGUUCCGUAUGUGUUUGUGCGUUCAAAGCAAGCCUUGGGAAGAGCAUGUGGUGUAUCAAGAUCUGUUAUUGCUUGUUCUAUCACAUCAAAUGAUGAUGGUGGUCUGUUGGAAAAACAAAUCGAGCAUCUCAAGGAUACUAUUGAGAAGCUUCUCAUCUAAAAAUAAAAACCUCGAAUUGACUGCUCGGUAUGAUGAGUCUCCCCUUACGGUAAGGCUUUGACUGAAGUUUUGUGUAAGCAAAUACCAAAUCAAAAACCGUCCAUAUUUCUCUCUUAUUUUUUACUUUUUGCUGUAAAGUAUGACAUGACAUUGAUAAUUGACACAUUUAUCUAAAUUUCUGUUUCUUCAA